GGGGUCCUCAGAGCUGCCGCGCUGGCACAUCUUCCUGGAGGAGAGGGUGCGGUGCGGCUGCAGAGAAUUGAGACCCAGGCACGGGAUUUCUGUAUCUGAGAACCGACUCCUUGGGAUUAGAGGAGGGGGUUGGGAUUGAGGCCCUAGAGAAGGCUCAGCUUUGCCAGGCGAACUUGAGACAUGUCUGACCCAAGCGAGAGUGGUGCAGGUCCAACUCACCUAAAGGCUAAAGCUUCAGAAAAGGGCGGCAGCUUGAUGAAGCAGACCCUGUUGAAAGCGAGCCAGGACAAGGAGGGCUCAGAGGCACCAAAGGCCACAAAGGCACCAGAGGUCUCAGAGGCUGCAAAGAGCUCAAAAGCCUCAGGAGUCUCAAAAGCCACUGAGGUCUCAAAGGCCCCAGAGGCUCCUGAGGCAGCGACCACCAAGGCAUCAUCUGCCACACAGAAGACUAAAACCCAGAUCCCAGCAGCUGAAAGCAAGAGUGCAGCAGCUGACACCAAGGAGCAGAAGGCUGACCUGCAGGCAGUGAAAGUGCCUGCCACCCAGACCAAAAAGGUCAGUUGUAUGGCUGAUCCAAAGGUCAGUACAAAGGCCCUGGAUACUGAGGCUUCUGCCUCUCAGGCCUGGGCAGAUGAUGAACCUGAGUCUAAGGGUGCAGCUGUCCAGGUUCAGGAGAAUCAAGAUACUCGGCCCAAGGACAAGGUCAAGAAAGCCCGAAAGGUGAAGCACUUGGAAGGGGAAGAAGAUGCCAACAGUGAUCAGAGUCAGGCUUCUGGAUCCCCAAGUGGUAGAAGGGUCUCAAAAGCCCUAAUGGCCUCCAUGGCCCGUAGGGCUUCGAGGGGACCCAUAGCCUUUUGGGCCCGUAGGGCUUCAAGGACUCGGUUGGCUGCUUGGGCUCGGAGAGCUCUGCUCUCACUGAGGUCACCCAAAACUCGGAGGGGCAAGGCCCGCUGUAAAUCUGGCAAGCUUCAGUCACCCCAAGAUCCUGAAGCACCCCCACCUCGAGAUGUGGCCCUUUUACAAGGGAGGGCUAAUGACUUGGUAAAGUACCUGUUGGCUAAAGACCAGACAAAGAUUCCCAUUAAGCGUGAAGACAUGCUGAAAGACAUCAUCAAAGAAUACACUGAUGUGUACCCUGAAAUCAUUGAACGAGCAGGCUACUCCCUGGAGAAGGUAUUUGGAAUUCAAUUGAAAGAAAUUGAUAAGAGUGACCACUUGUAUAUUCUUCUCAGCACCUUAGAGCCCACUGAUGCAGGCAUACUGGGAACGACCAAGGACUCACCUAAACUGGGCCUCCUCAUGGUGCUUCUUAGCAUCAUCUUCAUGAAUGGAAAUCGGUCCAAUGAGGCUGUCAUCUGGGAGGUGCUGCGCAAGUUGGGGCUGCGCCCUGGGAUACAUCACUCGCUCUUUGGAGAUGUGAAGAAGCUCAUUACCGAUGAGUUUGUGAAGCAGAAGUACUUGGAUUAUGCCAGAGUCCCCAAUAGCAAUCCUCCUGAAUAUGAGUUCUUCUGGGGCCUGCGCUCCUACUAUGAGACUAGCAAGAUGAAAGUCCUCAAGUUUGCUUGUAAGGUGCAAAAGAAGGAUCCCAAAGAAUGGGCAGCUCAGUACCGAGAGGCAAUGGAAGCAGAUUUGAAGGCUGCAGCUGAGGCUGCUGCUGAAGCCAAGGCGAGGGCCGAGAUUAGAGCUCAAAUGGGUAUUGGGCUGGGCUCUGAGAAUGCUGCUGGACCCUGCAACUGGGAUGAAGCUGAUAUCGGACCAUGGGCUAAAGCCCGGAUCCAAGCGGGAGCUGAAACUAAAGCCCAAGCCCAGGAGAAUGGCAGUGCCAGUGCUGGUGCCAGUACCAGUGCUGGUGCCAGUACCAGUGCCAGUGCAGGUGCCAGCGCCAGUGGCGGCUUCAGUAGCAGCGCCAGCCUGACUGCCACUCUCACGUUCGGGCUCUUUGCUGGCCUUGGUGGAGCUGGUGCCAGUACCAGUGGAAGCUCUGGUGCCUGUGGUUUCUCCUACAAGUAAGAUUCAGAUAUUGCUAACCCCACCAGUCUUUCUCCUCAAGCCAGGGUGCACCCUCAGCAACCUACGCGACACAGCACUCUAGGCAGCCACUAUCAAUUCAUUGAAGUUGACACUCUGCAUUAAACCUAUUUGCCAUUUCUGA